GUGUGUGACUCCCAAGGCCCCAUUCACACUGCCAUGUAAAUCCAACUCCCAGAAUGAGCCAUUCCAAGUGCCAAACAAUAUUAACAUUGUGUUGCUGUGAGUUUUCUGAGCUGUGGCCAUGUUCCAGAAGCAUUCUCUCCUGAUGCUUCGCCCACAUCUAUGGCAAGCAUCCUCAGAGGUUGAGGUCUGUUGGAAACUAGGCAAGUGGGGUUUAUAUGUCUGAAUGUUUCAAUUGGCCACCUUGAUUAGCAUUGAAUAGCCUUUCAGCUUCAAGGCCUGGCUGCUUGCUGCCUGGAGGAAUCCUUUGUUGGGAGGUGUUAGCUGGCCCUGGUUGUUGUGCCUUCAAGUUAAUCAUGGGGCUGAGAGUGUGACUCCCAAGGCCCCAUUCACAGUGCCAUGUAAAUCCAACUCCCAGAAUCUCAGUAUUGAGCCAUGCCAAGUGCAAACAGGGAUUCCAGACAUGAAUUAAUCAGAACCAGCUUAUUUGUUUAUCAUGUCAAAAGCGAACCAAGAGUACAAGUUGCAAUGUUGCAAACACAGUUAAAAAAAAAACAGGCAUUAUACUAAAGGGCCAGCUAACACCUCCCAACAAAGGAUUCCCCCAGGCAGGAAGCAGCCAGACAUUGAAGAUGCAAGGCUGUUCAAUGCUAAUCAAGGUGGUAAAUUGCAACAGUCACACUUACCUCAGGCAGACAAGAGUUCUUUCUCCCACCCUGAACAUUACACAGAUAUAUAAACCCAACUUAUCUUGUUCCCAACAGACCUCACAAAAGCAUUGAUACUAUGUAGGUGUAUGGAUUGUUACUGAAUUUUAAAGUUAUUCUCCCCCGCCUUGGCUAAUUGAAAGAUAUGCAGGCAAGUUGCCUCCCUUAGCAGACAAGCCUGCCACGUUAUUCAUUUUUUUUAAUUAACAAGACGAAAUAAUACUGUAAUACAUGCAUAUAAAAAAGCAAGAGCGUCUGGUUAUUUGCAGAAAAUUAGUAUUGAACCAAAGCUGCGUAGCGAAAAGGAUUUACAAUUUUGAAAUACCCGCCUUUUGCUGUGAUUGGUCCACUCGAGGAGGUUCCCCGGCGCUUUUUAUCCAAUAGCUGUGUUCGAAAGGGACUGAUUUCCCUUUAUGAUCUUUUACAUAUUACAUUCACAGACGUUCAUAUAUUUUAAAAGCUAAAAUCGUGAUUAUUGAGUAACCUACGAAAUAUUGGGUUGCUAUGAGUUUUGUGAGCUGUCUGGACAUUUUCCAGAAGCAUUUUUUUCUGACAUUUCGCCCGCAUCUAUGGCAGGCAUCCUCAGAGGUUGUGAGGUCUGUUGGAAAGUCGGCAAGUGGGGUUUAUAUAUCUGUGGGAUGCCUAAGUUGGGAGAAAGAACUCUUGUCUGUUUGAGGCAAGUGUGAAUGUUGCAAUUGGCCAGCUUGAUUAGCAUUGAAUGAUCUUUCAGCUUCAACGUCUGGCUGCUUCCUGCAUGGGGGAAUCCUUUGUUGGGUGGCGUUAGCUAAAAUAUAGUCUUUCAAAAGCGGCUUUACUGUUCUAACUCCAAUUCACACAGCACUUGAUAGAUUAUUAUUUAAAUAAUAUUAAAAUAAUAAUAUUUCGAUAAUAAUCCUUAUUAUUUGAAUUAUUUAAAUAGGAGGGUGAUGUUUAAGAUGCAUAAGAAUAGAACUUGUUUUUUCUCCCUCCGCAGUCCUAUUUCCUUAUUCUAAAUACAGUAGAGUCUCACUUAUCCAAGACUCGCUUAUCCAAGGUUCUGAAUUAUCCAGGGCAUUUUUGUAGUCAAUGUUUUCAAUAUAUUAUAUUUUGGUGCUAAAUUCGUAAAUGCAGUAAUUACAACAUAACAUUACUGCGUAUUGAACUACUUUUUCUAUCAAAUUUGUUGUAUGACAUGAUGUUUUGGUGCUUGAUUUGUAAAAUCAUAACCUAAUUUGAUGUUUAAUAGGCUUUUCCUUAAUCCCUCCUUAUUAUCCAAGAUAUUCGCUUAUCCAACCAAGGUUCUGCCGGCCCGUUUAGCUUGGAUAAGUGCGACUCUACUGUAAUGUAUUUUGCAAGAAAACGAAUGGCUACUUAAUGAAAAUGCCCGUUCGCUAGCUUUUGUUGUUGAGGCGCUUUGCAAGGAGUUUGCAAGGCAAGAGCGGGAAGGCCAACCAAUCACAAUUUACAAAGAUCCUCGCGCGCGUUUUCAAAUUGUCCAAUGAAGUACAGCAUUGCUUAGGAGGAACCAAUCAGAAACGGGAGCCUUCGCAGAACCAGCCAAUGAGAAGCGAGAGGCAGUGUAUAAAAAAGGCAGUCGGCGUGAGGGUUUCAGUUCUCUUUACUCAGAGUCAGGGAUGGCGCGGACGAAGCAGACAGCGAGGAAGUCGACGGGUGGGAAGGCCCCGAGGAAGCAGCUGGCCACGAAGGCAGCUCGGAAAAGCGCUCCGGCAACGGGCGGCGUGAAGAAGCCGCAUCGUUACCGUCCGGGGACCGUGGCCCUGCGAGAGAUCCGUCGCUACCAGAAGUCCACCGAGCUGCUGAUCCGGAAGCUGCCCUUCCAGCGUCUGGUGAGGGAGAUCGCGCAGGACUUCAAGACGGACCUGCGCUUCCAGAGCUCGGCCGUGAUGGCGCUGCAGGAGGCGAGCGAGGCCUACCUGGUGGGGCUCUUCGAGGACACCAACCUCUGCGCCAUCCACGCCAAGCGCGUCACCAUCAUGCCCAAGGACAUCCAGCUGGCCCGGCGCAUCCGCGGGGAGAGGGCCUAAGGACGGACGCCCCCGUUAGAAAGAAUGAACGAACCCAAAGGCUCUUUUAAGAGCCACCACUUCCUCGGGCGAAGGAGCUGAAGGCGCUUCCCUUUCCUUUUGUCAGACUCUUAAUAUUGGGGCCUGUAACAAUCUCAUUGAAAACUAGUCCAGUCGAAUGUCCAGGAUGGGAGAAAACUGAGGCACGUGUGAAUGUUUCAAUGGGCCACCUUGAUUAGCAUUGAAUAGCCUUGCAGCUUCAAGCCUGGGUGCCUACUGCCUCGGAGAAUCCUUUGAGAGGGAGGUGUUAGCUGGCCCUGAUUGAUUCAUGUCUGGAAUUCCUGUUUUCUGAGUGGUCUUUAUUUACUGUCCUGAUUUUAGAAUUUUUAAAAAUACAGUAAGAGUCUCACUUAAAUGGGUGGCAGAACGUUGGAUAAGCAAAUAUCUUGGAUAAUAAGGAGGGAUUAAGGAAAGGCCUAUUAAACAUCAAAUUAGAUCAUGAUUUUACAAAGUAAGCACCAAGACAUGUUAUAUAACGAAUUUGACAGAAAAAGUAGUUCAAUACGCAGUAAUGCUAUGUAGUAAUAACUAUACGAAUUUAGCACCAAAAUAUCACGAUGUAUUGAAAACAUUGACUACAAAAAUGUGUUGGAUAAUCCAGAAUGUUGGAUAAGUGAGACUACUGGUAGCCAGAUUUUGUUCAAUUUUAUGGUUUCCUCCUUUCUGUUGAAAUUGUCCACAUUCUUGUGGGUUUCAAUGGCUUUGCUGUGUAGUCAUAAAUCAAUCAGGGCCAGCUAACACCUCCCAACAAAGGAUUCCCCCCUCCAGACAAUAGCCAGACCUUGAAGUUGAAAGGCCAUUCAAUGCUAAUUAAGAUGGGCAAUUGCAACAUUCACACCUGCCUCAAUGUUCUUUCUCCCACCCUAGACCUUCCACAGAUAUAUAAACCCCACUUGCCUAGUUUCCAACAGUCCUCACAACCUCUGAGGAUGUAUGCCAUAGAUGUGGGAAAACGUCAGGAGAAAAUGCUUCUUGAACAUGGCCAUACAGCCCAGAAAACUCACUACAACCCAUUGUGAUUCAUUAUAUCUGUCUUUGUGCCUUCAAAAUGGCCUGUCGAUGUAUGGUGGCUUCAUGAAUUUCAUUCGAGAAAGAAUCUUUGGAAGUGGCUUUGUGAGUUCCUUCCUCUGAAAUAUAGCCUACAUCACCCGAUUUUUGUUGACGGUCUCCCAUCCAAGUACUAACCCAUGCUAACCCUGCUUAACAUCCAAGUUCAAAGGGGAUCUAGUACUGUAUCUUUAUUUAGAGUUUCCCAGGAUUUAUAGAUUUGUAGCCUUAUAAACAUCUGGGAGCUGCAUUCAGAGCGAUUUCACUUUCACUUAUUUUCCUCCCCGUUUCGAACAAUAUAGUUGGGUCAGUUUCGGCCACGCAAAUCUCCUUAGAGAACACUCCGUACAGUCCAAUCGGAAGGCGCGCACUGGGAGGAGACUUCUGAUUGGUGGAUUUCAAACGGGAAGAAAGCCCGCGCUUUUUUGUCUUCUUGGCAGAAGAGACCGCUAUUUACCCGGAUGAGAUGGGAGGAGGAAGCAAUAUGGAGGCGGAGCUGUUAUUCGAGCUAUUAGCUGGAUCGUUUCCCUGAGUGCAUCUACACUGUAGAAUUAACACAGUUUGACACCACUGUAAUUUCCAUGGCUCAAUGCUAGGCAACCCUGCGAUUUGUAGUUUUACAAGGAGUGAAGAAGGCUCCCAAAACUACAAUUUCCAGAGCUCCAUAGCUGGAACCGUGGCAGUUCAAGUGGUGUCAAAUUGCGUUAACUCCACAGUGUAGAUGCAGCAAAAGAAGUGUAGUUCUGUAAGUCUAACCAACAAAACAAAGGGGGCUGGUGAAAGAAUCAGCCAUUUUUAUAUGAACUUUAGAAAAAAUAAGUUUUGAAAUGUUUUUGUUUACUUAUGUUUUUGUUUACUUUUGUCUACUUUUAUUCCAACUUCAUGUUAGUAUUUAAUUUACAAAGUGCUCAUAUUGGCAUACAGUAGAGUCUCACUUAUCCAAGACUCGCUUAUCCAAGGUUCUGGAUUAUCCAAUGCAUUUUUGUAGUCAAUAUUUUCAAUAUAUUGUUAUAUUUUGGUGCUAAAUUCGUAAAUACAGUAAUUACAACAUAACAUUACUGUGUAUUGAACUACUUUUUCUGUCAAAUUUGUUGCAUAACAUGAUGUUUUGGUGCUUAAUUUGUAAAAUCAUAACCUAUUUUUAUAUUUAAUAGGCUUUUCCUUAAUCCCUCAUUAUCCAAGAUAUUCGCUUAUCCAAGGUUCUGCCAGCCUGUUUAGCUUGGAUAAGUGAGACUCUACUGUAUCUAUUUCCAUAACUGAAACCCCCCUUACAUUGCCAUAUAAUGCAGUUUCAGAUUGCAGUUGGAACUGCAUAAUGUGGCACUGUAGACUAAUAUAAUCUUGUUCAAUGUUAUUAAAAUUGCUUUGUGAAACUGCAUUGUUAUAUGCCAGUGUAGAUGUGGCCUGAGAUAUAUGAAAAAAGAGAUUUGACUAUACCUA